AUGCUAUUGUACACCGUGCAGUUUCUUUGCUCCGUCGUCGCUGCUUUUACCCGGCUCGUGCGCGCCCUCCACAAGGCCAUGGCCACCGUCCUCUGCUCCCCGCCGGUCUCCGUGCCCGCUGCAUCUACCGCCUCUUCUCCACUUUCCAUGAGAAGGACAACGAAGGUGCACCCAAUCGUCAGCAUCACCGUAGGAGAUGCAAGCAAGGAGCAGCAGCUGUUUGCACCCGCGGUGGAUGCUUUUGCGCCGUGCAAUGGUAGUGGAGGGGUCGUGGAGCAGAUUGAGUCGACGAAGAAGGCGGCGAGGAGGAGGCCGUCGAUGCUUGUCAUACCAGUGGUUCCUGAGGCCGGCGAGACGCCGGCUGGCUGGGGGGUGGUAGUGGCCGAGAAGGAGGCCGAGGUGGAGGUGGAAGGGGAGGGGUUUUGCUUGGCGAGCAGAAGAGGUGCGAGGCAUGCAAAUGAGGAUGCGUAUUGUGCGAUCACUCACAAAGUUAGAGCAGAUUCCCAGCUGGCAUUCUACGGUGUGUACGAUGGGCAUGGCGGCCGUGCGGCCGUGGACUUGGUCUCCGAGCGGCUGGGCAAUAACGUCGUGGCCGCUGUACUGGCCACGACGGAGGUGCAGGAAGGUGCAGCAGAGGCGGCGUCGUCGUCGGUAGACGCCACGGUGGCCGCGAUCAGAGCCGCCUACUUGUCCACCGACAACGAGUUCCUUGGCCAGGGCCUAAGAGGUGGUUCAUGUGCCGCAACAGCGCUGGUGAAGGACGGCAACCUCUAUGUGGCGAACCUCGGCGACUGCCGUGCCGUCAUGAGCCGCGACGGCACGGCGACCGCCCUGACCUCGGACCACACCGCCGCGAGGGGGGACGAGAGGGUCCGCAUCGAGAGCUCGGGUGGCUACGUGAGCUGCGGUAGCAACGGCGUCUGGAGGGUGCAGGACUGCCUUGCCGUGUCGCGGGCGUUCGGCGAUGCCAGCCUCAAGCGGUGGGUGAUCUCCGAGCCGGAGAUCAGGAGACAUACCCUCACCGCCGGCUGCGAGUUCCUCGUCCUCGCCUCCGACGGCCUAUGGAACAAGGUGUCCAACCAGGAGGCGGUGGACGCCGUCUCGAGAAGCAGCAACUACGGUCGCACCUCCGCGGGCUGCUGCAAGGAGCUCGUGGACAUGGCGCGGAGUAGAGGGAGCAGGGAUGACAUCACCGUCAUGGUGGUCGACCUCAAGAGGUUCACGUAG